AUGCUAGUCCUAGAUGGUGAGUUAGGUGCUCCUCCCCCUGGAUACCCUUCAUCGAAGGUGCUACUUUGUAAACAAGAUGCUUACAGCAGGAAUAAUCUGAAACCUACAAUCGAUGUCGGACCAAACCUCUCUGAACGAUUCACUACAAUUCUUAUGAACUGUGAUGUUGUUGCAAUAAGGACAGCCAGAAAAAUCGAAGGAAAUUUUUGUGACUACAUCAAAAAGCAUUGUAGGAAAAAGGUCCUCUUGACAGGUCCAAUGUUUCCUGAGCCAGACGAGACUAUACAGCUAGAUGAACGACGGGUUAAGUGGCUAAGUGGGUUUGAACCAGACUCAGUGGUGUUUUGUGCAUUGGGAUCACAAAUCAUUUUAGAGAAAGAUCAGUUCCAAGAACUCUGCUUAGGAAUGGAGCUAACAGGUUCACCAUUUCUUGUAGCGGUUAAGCCACCUAGAGGCUCAUCAACGAUUCAAGAAGCACUUUCAGAAGGAUUCGAGGAGAGGGUUAAAGGACGAGGAGGUUUUUGGGGGAGGAUGGGUUCAACAACCAUUGAUAUUAUCUCAUCCAAGGAGAGCUUGCGCGAUGCUAUCAAUAGUGUGAUGAAAAGGGAUAGUGAGAUCAGGAAUCUGGUGAAGAAGAAUCACACCAAGUGGAGAGAAACAUUAGUAAGUCCUGGAAUUAUGACCGAUUAUGUUGAUAAUUUCCUAGAGUCAUUGAAGGAUCUUGUCUCUGGGACCAACCAUGACAGCUGA